AUUAUACAUAUACAUAUACAUAUCAAAAUGUUCUAAAUGUUGACACUGUAAGUGUGUUUACUUUACAUCUGGUUUUCUACAAAAUAAGGUGCCCAAAAUGGUGCAGUUUGAAGGAAAAUAUACUCACCAGAAAAAUGAAAACCUUGACGAAUACUUUAAAGCACUAGGUGUCCCAUACAUUCCUAGAAAAAUGAUGUGUUCUUCGAGUCCAUCUUUGGAAAUUAGCAAGAAUGGUGAAGAAUGGAACGUUACUAUUGCCACCCUCAUGAAGACUACAGUUAACAAGUUUAAACUUGGUGAAGAAUAUGAAGAAAGCAUGCCAGGUGGAAUUUUGAAGAAUAAUACAAUUUUGGAAGGAGAUAAGUUGAUUACAAAGUCAGUUGGCCCCAAUAAUACAAAUAUAUCUCGCAUUUAUGAAUUUUCUGAUGAUGGAUGUGUCAUAAUUUACAAACAUGAAACAAGUGGGAUUGAAGCCAAGCGUUAUUUUAAAAGGAUGUAAUUUUUCUCUCCAUUCGUAUUUAAUAUUAUUAGGAUCUAACGAUUUUUAUCAUAUCUAGAUGUUUAACAGUCAAUGGGAUUGUGUAAUAUUUUUAAUUUAAGGUGUACAUAUAUUCUUGCAAUUAUGUACCUAUAUUUUGAUAAAUGGUUUUAUAUUGUUAUCUAUGCUGUGUAAUUUAUAAUCUCAGUACAUAUAUAUCUUAUUUCAUA